CACCCGGCUACUCUACCCCCCUCCCCUCUGUCCCAAAUCCGGCCCUCCCAUGGCGGCUCUGAACUGAAGUAUCUCCAUGCCCUAGAGCUGCCGCCGUGCCCUAGCCUACCGUUGCCACCGCCACCGCCACCGCCUCCGACUCCGCCUCACCCCCCACCUCUCACGCGCGUCGCCGCCAUCGCCGUUCCCCUUCGCGUCCCGGCUGUGUCCACCCCUUCCGCGGUUUUCGUUCCGAUCCGCCCGCGAUGGCGAGCGACAAGCAGCUCAGGGACUGGGUCUCCGACAAGCUCAUGUCCGUCCAAGGAUACUCGACGAGCGUCCUCGUCAAGUACGUCAUCGGGCUAGCUAAGGAAUGCUCUUCUACUGGCGACCUCGUGGGGAAGCUGGUCGAGUACGGGUUCUCCUCGACCGCGGAGACCCGCAGCUUCGCCGCCGACAUCUACGCCAAGGUUCCCCGCAAGGGCAGGGGUAUCAGUGAUUACCAGAAACAGGAAAGGGAGGCAGCCAAGCUUGUGCAGAAACAGAGCACUUACAAGCUGCUGGCCGAUGAGGAGGAGGAUGAUGUUGACAACCACACUUCGACCACGGCGACUGCGUCCUCCAAGAGUAGGAAGCAUUUUAGGAGGAAGGCCGAAGACCAAGACGAUGGGAAGGAUGAUGAUGAAACAGUAGCCCACAAUUCUGAGAGGAGUGUCCGAAGACGAACAGAAGAGGUGGAUGAUGAGGACGGCAAUGACGCCCUUGACGAAGAGCAAGAAAUUAUCCGAGACCAACAGGAAAGAGCUCAGCUAGAGAAGAACAUGAAAGAAAGAGAUGCGGCGCACACUCGAAAGUUGAUGGAGCGACAGUUAUCUAAGGAAGAACAAGAGGAGCUUAUCAGAAGAGCAGAAGCAAUGGACAAGAAUGACACUUCAGAUUUAAGAAAUUAUUCGAGGCAGGCGUACUUGCAAAAGCGAAGGGACAAAAAAAUUGAUGAGAUCCGGGACGAAAUUAUUGAUCAUGAAUACAUUUUUCAGGACGUGAAACUGACCGAAGCAGAAGAAAAUGACUUCAGAUACAAAAAGAAGAUAUAUGAUCUCGUCAAGGAGCAUGUUGACAAUACAGAUGAUGUUCCUGAGUAUAGAAUGCCUGAAGCUUAUGACAUGGGUGAAGGUGUCAAUCAAGAAAAGCGGUUCUCUGUAGCAAUGCAGCGAUACAAAGAUCCAGAGGGCAAAGAUAAAAUGAAUCCUUUUGCUGAACAGGAAGCAUGGGAAGAACAUCAAAUAGGAAAGUCGAAACUGCAGUUUGGAUCAAAAGAUAAAAAGCAGUCUGGUGAUGAAUAUCAGUAUAUAUUCGAUGAUGAUCAAAUUGAUUUUGUUAAAUCAUCGGUCAUAGAAGGAACUCAGUUUGAAGACGAUUCAGACCAAGAGACCAUCGAUGCAAAAGAUAUUUUAAAAAGGGAGCUCCAGGAUGAGCGGAAAACCCUUCCAAUCUAUAAAUUCAGAGAUGAACUGCUCAAGGCUGUUGAUGAAUAUCAGGUUAUUGUCAUAGUGGGAGAAACCGGCUCUGGUAAAACGACGCAAAUACCUCAAUAUCUUCAUGAAGCUGGAUAUACAGCAAGAGGAAAGGUUGCUUGUACGCAACCUCGUCGAGUGGCAGCCAUGAGUGUUGCAGCAAGGGUGUCUCAAGAGAUGGGUGUUAAAUUGGGACACGAGGUUGGUUACUCCAUAAGGUUCGAGGAUUGCACCUCCGAGAAAACAAUGAUUAAAUACAUGACCGAUGGAAUGCUUUUGAGGGAGUUUCUUGGAGAACCAGAUUUGGCUGGCUAUAGUGUUGUCAUGGUUGAUGAAGCUCAUGAGCGUACACUGUCUACUGAUAUCUUGUUUGGUUUGGUGAAGGACAUUGCAAGGUUUCGUCCAGAUCUAAAGUUGCUCAUUUCAAGUGCAACCCUGGACGCGGAAAAAUUUAGCGACUACUUUGAUUCAGCUCCGAUUUUCAAGAUUCCUGGGAGGCGAUACCCUGUUGAAGUUCAUUAUACAAAAGCUCCAGAAGCAGAUUACAUUGAUGCUGCCAUUGUCACAAUCUUACAGAUACAUGUGACACAACCCCCUGGUGAUAUCCUAGUGUUCCUUACAGGGCAGGAAGAAAUUGAAACAGUUGAUGAAAUCCUUAAACACAAAACUAGGGGCUUAGGCACAAAGAUUCCUGAACUAAAUAUAUGCCCUAUUUAUGCAAAUCUGCCUACUGAACUACAAGCGAAGAUCUUUGAGACAACCCCUGAGGGUUCUCGGAAAGUGGUCCUGGCCACUAAUAUAGCAGAAACUUCAUUAACCAUUGAUGGUAUAAAAUAUGUUAUUGACCCAGGUUUUUGUAAGAUCAAGUCAUACAACCCCCGUACAGGCAUGGAAUCCCUGCUUAUCAAUCCUAUCUCAAAGGCGUCAGCAAACCAGAGGGCAGGAAGGUCUGGACGGACAGGGCCAGGAAAAUGUUUCCGUCUGUACACAAGUUAUAACUACAUGCAUGAUCUUGAGGAUAAUACUGUUCCUGAGAUUCAAAGAACCAACCUUGCGAAUGUGGUACUUACACUUAAGAGUCUUGGUAUUCAUGACUUGGUUAAUUUCGAUUUUAUGGACCCACCCCCUUCAGAGGCCUUGUUGAAGGCCUUGGAACAACUUUUUGCUCUCAGCGCACUCAACAGUCGUGGGGAGUUGACCAAGACUGGAAGACGAAUGGCAGAGUUUCCAUUAGAUCCUAUGCUGUCAAAGUCGAUAGUAGCUGCCGAGAAAUAUAAGUGUUCUGAUGAGGUCAUCUCCAUUGCAUCUAUGUUGUCGAUUGGCAAUUCUAUAUUCUAUCGUCCGAAGGACAAACAAGUUCAUGCAGAUAAUGCAAGGUUGAACUUCCACACUGGCAAUGUUGGGGACCAUAUAGCUUUACUCAAUGUCUAUAACUCGUGGAAAGAAACAGACUUCUCAACUCAAUGGUGUUAUGAAAAUUAUAUCCAGGUCCGUAGCAUGAAGAGGGCAAGAGAUAUUCGAGAUCAACUGGAGGGACUUCUGGAGAGAGUUGAGAUUGAGGUUUGUUCAAACGCCAGUGAUUUGGAUGCUAUUAAAAAGGCUAUAACAUCAGGUUUCUUCCACCAUUCUGCACGUUUGCAGAAGAAUGGUUCAUAUAGAACUGUUAAGAACCCUCAGACUGUCUUUGUCCACCCUAGUUCAGGAUUAGCACAGCUACUUCCUCGAUGGGUAAUAUAUCACGAAUUAGUUCUCACGACAAAAGAGUACAUGCGCCAGGUGACGGAACUGAAGCCUGAAUGGCUGGUGGAAAUUGCUCCGCAUUACUACCAAUUAAAAGAUGUGGAUGACGCUGGUUCCAAGAAGCUACCCAAGGGGCAAGGACGAGCUGCGUUGUAGCUAGGACUCACAAAGCAUCUGGGUAAAUGUUCUCUAAUUGGAUUCAAAGACUAGCGCAUGAGGUUGCUUCUCUCCUCUUCCUGUUAGUGGAUUCCGUUUUGUCACUCGC